GGACGUUCGUGACACCAUGAGUCCUCCAGCUUAGCCCACGGUCUUCUGCAUUUGUCACAGGAAAAUCUGGUUGCACUCAGCAGUAGGAGCUGAACACGUCCAUUUUUCCUCCUAAUUCUUGUCUUGCCUUGAGGAAAAAUAUGAGAGGACAUGCACAAUGAAUAGAUACACCACCAUCAGACAGCUUGGGGAUGGCACCUAUGGAUCGGUCAUCCUUGGCCGCAGUCUGGAGUCAGGAGAGCUGGUUGCUAUAAAGAAAAUGAAACGAAAGUUCUACUCUUGGGAAGAAUGCAUGAACCUUCGAGAAGUCAAGUCACUAAAGAAACUCAUUCAUGAAAAUGUGAUCAAACUAAAGGAGGUCUUUCGAGAAAAUGAUCACUUGUACUUCAUAUUUGAGUACAUGAAGGAGAACUUAUACCAGCUAAUGAAAGAUAGAUCCUGCAGGGACUCGCAUUUAUCCACAAACAUGGUGCGGAUGCUUCUCAGUCGUGGGUAUUUCCACAGGGACAUGAAACCGGAGAAUCUUCUGUGCAUGGGUCCAGAGCUGGUGAAGAUAGCCGACUUUGGACUCGCCCGCGAGAUCAGAUCUCGACCACCGUACACAGACUACGUCUCAACUAGAUGCGCUUUUUCUUCAAGAUCCCCGUCUCUGCUCUACCGUCAGCAGACUGGAUUUCUCAAAACCUUACAUGAAUCCCCUCUCCAACUGAUAUUUAUAGUAUUAUCAGAACAGGAGGACACCCCUGCCCACCACCGGACAGGAGCCAAGAGACGUUACGGAAAGUCCCCGCUGUUCACCCAUCUGCUCAGGACAGCCGAAAAAGACAAAAGACAAUCACGAGUGAAUGAUUGGGCCAAGGGAUACCAGCUGGCGAGUGCCAUGAAUUUUCGCUGGCCUCAGUGCGUUCCCAAUAAUCUGAAGACAUUGAUCCCAAAUGCCAGUCCUGACGCCAUCCAUCUGAUGACGAAACUGCUUCAGUGGGAUCCAAGGAAGAGACCAGCCUCUGCUCAGGCUCUCCGAUACUCCUACUUCCACGUGGGCCAGGCUUUGGGAACUCCUCAGCAGAUCCUGGAGCAGGGCAGACCUCAGCUGGGCCUCGUGCAUCUGCAGACACCCUUACAGAUGCAGCAGCAGCAGCCUCUGUUGUUGAAGCCAGUGCCCCCCUCCCAGCCUCCGCCUUCUAACCAGCACUGCUCCUCCUCCAGGCCGCUCCAUCAGAUCCAGACCUCCCCUGCACCAGCAGCUGCCCAGGCGGCAGCUUACCAGCGGCACACGGAGAUGGUUCGGAAGCAGCAGCAGCCGAAUCACAUCCUGAAACAGGAGCAGACGGAGGGAACCUCUCAGCGCCGUCUCCCUUACAUCGUAGACAAGGGCCACCAGGAAAAGCAAACGCAGCAGGAUGUACACAAUUUAAGCCUGCUUGGCUAUCAGCUGAAGCCUAAAGGAGGGCGGCGGCGUUGGGGACAUGCAGCUGGACACGUUAAAGGAGAAGACUGGGACAACUACGAGGAGACUGAUCCGUCCUCCAUCAGUAUCCUUGGAAAACCUAACUUCUCAUCAGAGAAGUCGAGACAAGGAGACGACUCUCUGAGCAGGUUUGGAACUGUUCUGGAUUUCAGUCGACGCAGCGGAAAAGAAGAUGCACCUUUAAACCUGAACAAGACCGCAGCCUAUCAAGAGCCAUCAAGAACGGCCUCUGCCAAGCAGCAUUACCUGAGGCAGUCCAGAUAUCUACCUGGCAUCAGUACUAAGAAGAACAUAGCCAUGAAUGCCAGUAAAGAAUUCCCAGGAAGCCAUUUUUGUGGCAGCAGCAGUAUUGCGUUUGGAGGGACCCUGCCAAGCAGAGGAGCUCAUGGCACAAAUACGAUCCCAGGUGAUUACAUGCCAUCAUUUUACAAGAAAGACAACGGCUCAGUUGGUCACAGCAGAGGCCGUCAGGGUGUUUCAAUGGAAACAAGUGACCUCUAA